UAUUAUUCAUGCCUUGUGUCAGAGGAACUGGAGGACUGGCUUUGCUGUGGCCUAGAUGAUACAUACAUAUGUAUUUAUAUAUAUAUUUAAAAACAUGAAACCCUGAGGAGGAAGAGUGAACCUUUGAAACACUACAAAAGAGGACGAAUUACACUCUGGUAGCCUCAAAGUAGAGCACUUGCGCAAAAAAAAAAAAAAAGGAAGAAGGCUGAAGUGGGCUGAAGCAUGGGCUGUGCUUCAAGUAUUCAUAUCUCUGAUAGGGUGGUCUACCACAGUGGAAAAGAGUCCGAGGAUUCCCACUCACCCCAGCAGACUAAUACCACUCAGCAUCAAGGAAAUCCUGCCUCGGGACUACCCCUAAAACCCCUGAGCUGCAAGACCACAUUAACAGAGGUGCAAUUUGGACCAAUGAAGUUAUUUAAAGACCCACUUCAGGUACUUUUAGUUUUUGCCAAAGAGGACAGUCAGAGUAAUGGCUUCUGCUGGGCAUGUGAGAAGGCCAACUUCAGGUGCAGCUUGGCACGAACACCCGAGUCGGCUCUUGAAUGCUUCUUGGAGAAGCAUCAUGACCUCGUCAUCAUUGACCACAGACAUUCCAGACACUUUGAUGCUGAAGCACUAUGCCGGUCAAUUAGAGCGGUCAACUCUUCAGAAAACACUGUGAUAGUCGCCGUUGUGAAAAGGCCAGACAGAGAGGAGGCCUCUGUGAUGCCCCUUAUAAAUGCCGGCUUUAAUAGGAGAUAUGUGGAGAAUGCCAAUACGAUGGCCUGCUAUAAUGAGCUGCUACAGUUGGAGCAUGGAGAGGUGCGGGCACAGUUCAAACUGAGGGCUGGGAAUGCUAUAUUCACAGCUCUAGAACAAAGCCAAGAGGCCAUAGAGAUCACAUCUGAAGAUCAAGUCAUUCAGUACGUGAACCCUGCAUAUGAGUCUAUAAUGGGCUACCAACAAGGCGAGCUAAUAGGGAAGGAAAUAAUAGAAGUGCCUAAAAGUGAGAAGAAUAAGCCUGAUCUCCUUGAAACAAUAAACUCCUGCAUACGGAAAGGAAAGGAGUGGCAGGGGAUUUAUUAUGCCAAAAAAAAGAAUGGAGACAGCAUUCAGCAAAAUGUGAAGAUCACACCUGUAAUUGGGCAGGGAGGAAAAACCAGACACUAUGUGUCUAUCAACUGGCCUUUAAAUGAUAAUAAUAAGAGUGAUAAAUCCAGUGAGCGAGUGCAGGCAGAGUCUCAGACAGACAUCCAAUCCAGUAAGCACAAAGACCGCAGGAAAGGCUCUCUGGACGUCAGAUCUACAACAUCUCGGGGGAGCGAUGGGAGCUCACAGCGAAGGCACUCCUCAAUGGCUCGCAUCCACUCCAUGACUAUAGAGGCUCCCAUCACCAAGGUUAUAAACAUCAUCAAUGCAGCGCAGGAAAGCAGCCCUAUGCCUGUGGCAGAGGCCUUGGAUCGGGUACUGGAGAUCCUGAGGACCACUGAGCUCUACUCCCCGCAGUUAGGCACCAAGGAUGAGGACCCCCAUACUAAUGACCUCGUGGGGGGGCUGAUGACGGAUGGUUUGCGCAGAUUGUCAGGAAAUGAAUACAUCUUAGCAACAAAACAGCCUCACCACAUCCCCAGUCACCUGACAACUCCUCUGUCCAUAAAUGACAUCCCCCCUCGUAUCGCCCAGACCAUGGAGAACGAGGACUCAUGGGACUUUGACGUCUUCAACUUGGAAGCUGCAUCCAUGAAACGGCCCCUGACCUACCUAGGCAUGAAGAUCUUCUCCCGCUUUGGGGUCUGUGAGUUCCUUAACUGCCCCGAGGCCACUCUGCGCUCCUGGCUACAGUUGAUUGAAGCUAACUACCACUCCAGUAACUCCUACCAUAACUCUUCCCACGCUGCUGACGUGCUGCAUGCAACUGCAUACUUUCUCUGCAAGGAGAGGGUCAAGCAAAGUUUGGAUCCCAUCGAUGAGGUGGCUGCCCUCAUCGCUGCUACAGUGCACGAUGUGGACCACCCAGGACGCACCAACAGCUUCCUGUGCAAUGCAGGAAGUGAGCUGGCCAUCCUCUACAAUGACACAGCUGUGUUAGAGAGCCACCAUGCAGCACUCGCCUUCCAGAUCUCCACGAGAGAUGAUAAGUGCAACAUCUUCAAAUACAUUGAAAGGAAUGAAUAUCGAACUCUGCGACAGGCCAUCAUUGACAUGGUGCUCGCAACGGAGAUGACCAAACACUUUGAACACGUCAACAAAUUCGUCAACAGCAUCAACAAGCCGCUGGCUGCUCUGGAGGAGAAUGGGGGAAACAGUGAUGAGGAAUCUGUCAAAGGCAUCCUGACAUCUCCAGAGAACCGCAUCCUUGUCAAGAGGAUGCUGAUUAAGUGUGCAGACAUCUCUAAUCCAUGCAGGCCUCUGGAGCUUUGCAUAGAAUGGGCAGGACGCAUCUCAGAGGAGUAUUUCGCACAGACGGACGAGGAGAAGAGACAAGGCCUGCCAGUGGUUAUGCCUGUGUUUGACAGAAACACAUGUAGCAUCCCAAAGUCCCAGAUUUCCUUUAUAGACUACUUCAUCACAGACAUGUUUGAUGCAUGGGAUGCUUUUGCAGACCUCCCUAAUCUUAUGCAGCACUUGGACAACAACUUCAAGUACUGGAAAGGCCUUGACGAGAGGAAGCUGCACAGCCUGCGACCGCCUCCAGAGUAGGCUGCUGCAGCCCUGGUGACUCUGCAGUCCGGGACAGCCCUCCUCUCUCGUGCUGGGGCAUCUUUCUCCCUGCCAGCCGAAGGGCCUCCACGCCUUCACUCUCCUGCUUCUGUAGCACGCCGAGCGUCCACAUGUCCGUCCAUACAGAAACCACAGAAGGACUUCCUGACGGACGGCCGCAGCUUUGACGCUGCUGGCUUUACAGUCUUGUCAGAUGAGAACUGUGACUAACAGACACAGAGCAUCUUUAUGAACUUAACGUGCCUCUCAGGCAUUCGCAGUGUAGCUGGACAAGUGACGUGACUGAAAAAGGUUCCUCACGGGCCUCCCUGCAAACUGCCGUCCCCAAAAAUACCACAUGGGCUCUCCUGUCUGCCUGUGAAGCUGCUGUUUGAGUAAAAAAAAAAACUGCUUGUUUAUGAAGGAGUGUGCAAGGCUGGAGGAGAGGAUGAAGUGUGAUCUGGAUCUGAAAGUGUCCAAUCACUGUUGAUCUCCAUCCCUGUGCUUGCAGCAUGACAGGACUGCUCCCUCUUCCCCCAGAAGCCACAACAUGAAAGAACACUCCACUGCUUUUUUUUCCUGCAAUAUAUUCAUGUGUCCAUCAGAAACACAUCCAUGCUGGCACUACAGAGUGCGAGAGAAUGCUUUUUCUUGUGGUCAGGUAGUCGAUCUUUAGUUAAGGCCACUGCUAAAACAAAAACCUCGUAACAUGAAAAAACACUCCACUGUUUUUUGUUAUUUUUUGACGUAUACUCAUGUGUCCUUCAAAAACACACCCAUAUUGACAUUCAGCCAUCAUUACAGACAUUUUGAAGGGGAUGCUUUUGUUUUUGGGUCAGGGAGUGGAUCUUUAACUUAGGCCACUGCCGACAGAGCGAAACCUCAACACUUCAGAUGAUUUGGUAUGUUAAUUUCUCCUAGAUGUUCCAUAUUUUUUCGAUUAAAACAAUUCAAUACGUCAAUUAGUUCAAGAAUAAGAACACAAAAUUGAGUUUCAAAAGGAGAGAUGAAAGCCAAAGCCAAUGAAGACAGAUACUACUAUAACUCUCGAAAAUUCACAAUUAUUAUUAUUAUUAUUAUUAUUAUUAUUAUUAUUAUUAAUAUGAAGCAUUACCAUAUUAAACAUUUUUAUUUUAUUUUAAAAGUACAGUACCAGUUUGAAUGAACACUUUUGUAUUGCACUGUAAACAAUAUUAGAAAUGUCUACGUCUCAGUGAUUUGUCCAGGGAUGGGAUGUUGCAUUGUAGAAUAAGCUGUUAUUGUUGUUCAUCAGGAGUUUGUGUGUGUGCAUGUGCGGAAGUGUGUGGGUGUGGGUGUGGGUGUGUGUGUUGGGGUUGUAGGUGUGGGUGCGUGGGUGUAUUCAUUGUUGCAACAAUCCCUUACUCUUGGUUUAAUGCUGUAAACCGCUUGACAUUUGACAACAGCAGAAAUAUGUGAAAAACAUUUUGGACUUGAAAAUUUUUUCUCCCAGAAAUUUUUGUAUCUGGUUUAUCCUACUGAAAAGACUGCCUUAUUUUAUACAAUAUUUAUACAGUACAUCCCACUGUGCAACUGCAACGGACAUCUGGAGUUUUUAUUAUGACAUAGUCAGAAGGUUAUGUUCAAGUAAAUCUCAAUAUUUUUAUAGACAAUGAAUUUUACACUGGAUUUGCAGCAAAUGAGAUCAACCAUUCUAGCUAUCUGAAUACCUGUGAAUUGGACGGUCCUGCAGAGCAUGUAUACAGAGAACUAAAUGGUUAAGAAGGAUGUGGAUCGCAGAGUUGUCUAUCACUGUCUUUAAGCAGUCUCCUAGAGGCCGGCUUGCAUUGAUUUUUGAUCAAACAUCAUUCUAUUUUGGCCACUUGUCCAACAUCUUUAUGCACAGACCCAGGGAUCAGCGUUGGGUUCAAGGCUGGUUUCAGAUUAGGAUACUAAUAUAUGUUAAAGAUUGUUGCUUAUUAAGAAUAUUUCCUCAUUAAAUAGUAUAUAAAUGCCGUAACAUCGAGGCAUAUGAUGGUUAAUGAGGCGUAUUGACCACGUUUAUCUUUGUUUCUCUCUUAUGACAGAAUUGUACACUCAAUCAGGGGAUUUGUUUGUUCCUUCUGAUUCACAUCUUGGUCUGAAGGCACGGAAGAAAAUUAGAAACUAUUCAAUGAAAAAUAAAAUAAUGUCAAUUAUA